UCUUUUCCGGCUGUAUGUUGUCAGCCUUUCAGCAGCAGCAGCAGCAUCAUCAACUGUACAUCAAUCCAUUCCCAAGUGAAGAGAGAACCAACAGUCAUCACAGGUGUCCUUGUUUUGGAAAGUGGUGUUGUUCGAAGUCUACAGAGACCAAAUAGAGGAAGAGAUCAUGUUUUAGAGACCCCCUUAUUGGCAGCCCAUUCUCUACAAUGAACAAUGAAGAUGAGUUCUAUGAUGCCGUCACAGGCUUGGAUUCAGACGAGUCAUGUGAAGGCACAUCAGAAGCCAGUUUUAAAGAUGCUGUAGUGUAUGACGGCGCUCAGAAGAACAAUGGAACGGUUCCACAGGAGAACGGAAUUAAGAAGCGCAGGUCGUGUCUUCCUGCCCCUAUGUUCUCCAGAAAUGAUUUUAGUGUAUGGAGCAUUCUCAAGAAAUGCAUUGGACUGGAGCUGUCCAAAAUCACCAUGCCCAUUGUGUUCAACGAGCCCCUGAGCUUUCUACAGAGACUCACUGAGUAUAUGGAGCACACAUACCUCAUCCAGAAAGCCUGCUUACAGAGCGACUCCAUAGAGAGGAUGCAGACUGUAGCAGCCUUUGCUGUGUCUGCAGUCGCUUCUCAGUGGGACAGAACUGGAAAACCUUUCAACCCGCUUUUAGGAGAAACCUAUGAACUCAGACGAGAGGAUCAGGGUUUCAGACUGAUCUCAGAGCAGGUGAGUCAUCAUCCGCCCAUCAGUGCGUUUCACACAGAGAGUCUGAUGGGCGACUUUGUUUUCCACGGCUCCAUCUAUCCCAAACUCAAGUUCUGGGGAAAAAGUGUGGAGGCAGAACCCAAAGGGACCAUCACGCUAGAGCUUCACAAGCAUAAAGAGGCAUACACAUGGACAAACCCUUUCUGCUGUGUGCACAAUGUCAUUCUGGGUAAACUGUGGAUUGAACAGUACGGCACCGUAGAAAUUAUCAACCACAGCACUGGAGAGAAGUGCGUGCUGAACUUUAAACCCUGUGGGAUGUUUGGAAAGGAGCUUCACAGAGUUGAAGGUUACAUCCAGGAUAAGAGUAAGAAGAAGCGCUGUGUGAUUUAUGGCAAGUGGACUGAGUGCAUGUGGAGCGUCGACCCACAGGCGUACGAGGCCCAUAGAAAGCUCGAGAAGAAAGGCACGACAGACACUAAAAAACAGAAACAGCAGGAGGAGCCAGAGGCCGUCAAUGAGGAUGCAGAUGAAAUGCCUGAGGUACAGGAAACUGUGGCAGUGAUUCCUGGUAGCACGUUACUAUGGAGAAUAUCAUCUAGACCGCCUCUUUCAGCAGAGAUGUAUAACUUCACUAAUUUUGCUAUGGCACUGAAUGAGCUGGAGCCUGGCAUGGAAGGAGUGCUGGCACCAACAGACUGCCGCUUACGGCCUGACAUCAGAGCUAUGGAGAACGGCAACAUGGAUGAAGCAAGUAAAGAAAAAGAGCGACUGGAGGAAAAGCAGAGAGCAGCUCGUAAGGAGAGGGCAAAAAAUGAGGAGGAGUGGUCGACUAGGUGGUUUCAGUUGGGCACAAACCCAUACACCGGAUCACAGGACUGGCUGUACACCGGCGGCUACUUUGAUAGGAAAUACAGAGACUGUCCUGAUAUCUACUGAUGAGGAGGUACAAGUUCAAAAGGCAGAGGUUUUGCCGUUAUCUUCAGCACUUACGUUUAUGAUUGUGUCCAUUUGGAAAGCAUCUUCCUUCACAUCCCAUCAAUUUCUCAAUGGAGGAAA